AUGAGAGCAGAUUACAAGAUCGUCGUCUUAGGUGCUGGUGGUGUCGGUAAGUCGUCCGUCACUGUCCAAUUUGUACAAGGCGUGUAUGUCGAGAGUUAUGAUCCCACAAUCGAAGACUCCUACAGAAAACUGAUUGAAGUGGACGGCAGAGCCUGUGAUCUAGAAAUUUUGGACACUGCUGGUGUGGCCCAGUUUACUGCCAUGCGUGAAUUGUACAUCAAGUCGGGCAAGGGCUUCUUAUUGGUAUACUCCGUGACUGACGAGAACUCUUUGACAGAGUUGUUGGCUUUGAGAGAGCAGGUUCUCCGGAUUAAGGACCUGGAGAACGUACCAAUGGUGCUCAUUGGUAACAAGAGCGACUUGGAUGAUGACAGGGUCUUGUCCAUCGAUGACGGUAUCAAGGUCUCCCAACAGUGGGGACUGGUUCCCUUCUACGAAACGUCUGCAAUGUAUAAAACCAAUGUUGACGAGGCAUUCAUAGACGUUGUGAGACAGAUCAUGCUUAAGGAGGCCCAGAUUAGCGCAGAGAAGAAACAGCAAAAGGAGUUGCAGAAACAGCAGGCGUUAGAGGGUGACAAGGGCGCCGCAGUCAACGGCGCCGGCAUCGACAGUGAGUCCGUUCUCAAGAGAAAUAGACAGUCAACGGCAUCCAAGAAGUCAAAGAGCCACAGCAAGUGCUGCACCAUCGUCUGA